UAAUUGUCACUAUCACAAACGGCGGCAUUUCGCUAUUCUCAUCUCACAUUUCUCUUUCUCUCUCUAAAACUUUCUCACUCUACACUCUCUCAAUCCAUGGCCCAUGGCCGCCAUCGCAGGAUCAUCGCUCUCUCUGCAGUUUCGCCCACGCCUUUCACAUCACAGCUUGGCAACAAACAGGAUUUCUUGUCUGAAGUCGGUUUCCAUUUCUAAUAAGGGCAGAAGUCUUCUGUCACUCAGGUUGCAGCCACUGCAAAGUCGAUUUUGUGUUUCUUGUGCUGCAAAACCGGAGACAGUCAAAACGGUAUGCAAGAUAGUAGAAAAACAGCUGGCUUUACGAAUGGGCUAUGUGGUUAUGGCUGAAUCAAAGUUUGUAGCAUUUGGAGCUGACUCCCUUGAUGCGGUAACCAAUGAGAAUUUAGGAAUUUUCCAUAUAUGUUGUUGAAACGAUAUAUUUAGUUAUGUACAAAUAAAUAUUUGUUGUAUACCUAUAAUGCUUCUACCUAUUUGAUUUUAAUGUUCUGUCAUGUUUGGGUCUAAUCUGCAUUGUUAAUCACUGUCUUUUUUAUUUUUCUGAAGAAAAAAAUGGAAGAAAAAGGUAGCUUUUGUUUGGGAGCUAGUGUUUAUUUGGCAA